UUGACUUAGAUAAUGCCUUUACAUUUAUGUUGUCUGACUUUUCUAACCCUAGCUAGUUGCUAGUUGACUUGGACAAAUUAAACACUUGGCCAUUAUUUCGACAAAAACAUACUCGACCUCAUCUCCAUCAGCUAUAGCAGCUCACUCCGCAUCUCUCUCACUCAAAAUCCACUCGAGCCCUCUGCCAUCUCUCAAAAUCAAUGAAAAUUCCUCAAAAGUACUAAUUUGAGCCAUCUCUCUACUUUGAGCCAUCUGCUAUCAUCGCACUGAAGAGGAAAUCCAAGCUUUCAACCGCGAUGAGUCACAUAAGAGGUUUCAAGAUUAACUGUUUUCGAGGUUCUUGAAGACAGAUCGAGCGCUCCUUCUUUCAAGCUAGGUUUGUCUUUACUAGAGAAUUUCAAUUGCUAGUUGAGAAAGAGAAGAGUAGUGUUGUGGAUACUUUGGUACAGUUUCUGCGAUUUCUUCAAAGAGCAAGCAGUACGUUCACAAACAAGCAAGGAGUAUACGUUUUGGAGCUUACGUUUAGGAGAGUAAAAGCAAACAGAUGGAUAAAUCUUGGAUGCAUGCUGAUAGAAGAUCACGGGCAUUUGAGUUAGGGGUUGAAGAAUUAAUUCAGUUUGCAUUAGAGAGUGGUUGCAAUGUUAAUAAACUUUGCUGUCCUUGUAUGAAUUGUGCACAUAGUAAAAGUUUCAAGGCUGGGGUAGUGAAGGAUCAUCUAGUUGAGUUUGGUAUUGAUAAAACAUACACAAAUUGGAUAUGGCAUGGGGAAAAUGUGUCAAAUGAGAGUGUACCCGAAGAGCAUUCUGAAACUGUAGAACAGAAUCCCAUAGGCAUAGGGCAGAAUGACUACAGUAUGGGGGGGUCCGAUGAUGAGGAGUUUUCAGAAGACUCCGAUGAAUUUUUAAGGUUUGUCGAGGAUGGUGAUAAACCUCUUUACCCUGGUUGUACGCGUUUUACAAAGUUGAAUGGACUUGUUAAAACAUACAAUCUGAAAGCAAAGCAUGGGUUAAGUGAUGCUUGUUAUUCUGACAUGUUGAUACUCAUUGGAAUGUUGCUUCCAGAAGGUAAUGAAGUCCCAGGGUCUUUCUAUGAGGCCAAAAAGACUUUAUGUUCAUUGGGAAUGGAAUAUGAAAAGAUACAUGCAUGUCCUAAUGAUUGUAUCUUAUAUAGGGAUAGUAAUGUUGAUGCCACUACCUGCCCUACUUGUGGUCUCUCUAGGUGGAAGUUGGGUAAGAAUGAAAUAGAGAAAGUAGGGGUUCCGGGGAAGGUUUUGUGGUAUUUUCCACCUAUACCAAGGUUUAGGAAGAUGUUUCAAUCAGUAAGUACAGCUAAAAGCUUGACAUGGCAUGCUGAUGAGCGACUAAAUGAUGGUAAAAUGAGGCAUCCUGCUGAUUCCCCUACUUGGAAGUUAGUGGACGAUCAGUGGCCUGCUUUUGGUAUAGAGCCUAGGAAUUUAAGGCUAGCGCUAUCGUCUGACGGUUUCAAUCCCUACAGUUCUCUUUCUAGUAGAUACUCUUGCUGGCCUGUCAUACUAGUGAGCUAUAAUCUUCCCCCAUGGCUCUGCAUGAAGAGGAAGUAUAUGAUGCUAACUUUGUUAAUCUCUGGACCUAAACAACCUGGAAAUGAUAUUGAUGUCUACCUCCAGCCGUUAAUAGAUGAUUUGAAGACUUUGUGGGAUGGGGUUCAAGGGGUAUAUGAUAGUUAUAGAAGAGAUUACUUCACAUUGAAAGCAGUACUGUUCUGGACCAUUAACGACUUCCCAGCAUAUGGGAACUUGUCAGGCAGCAUUGUGAAAGGUUAUAAUGCGUGUCCGGUUUGUGUAGAGCAUACCAAACCUCAUAGGCUGCCUCACGGUCAAAAGAUGUCAUAUCAGCGACAUCGAAGAUUCUUACCACGUCACCAUCCAUAUCGAAAACAGGCAACUGCUUUCGAUAACACUGAAGAGCAUGAUCCCCCUCCUACUCCAUUAAGUGGACAGGAGGUCUUAAAGAGAGUAGAAGGUUUGAAGCGGGUUUAUGGUAAAAAGCAUCGUCAUCCUCCAUCUAAGGGUGUUGACGAUCAGAAUAGACCUUGUUGGAAGAAGCAAUCAGUUUUCUUUGAACUUGAGUACUGGAAAUUUCUUCCUGUUCGACACAUUCUCGAUGUCAUGCACAUUGAGAAGAAUAUUUGUGAUGCAUUAAUUGGUACAUUGUUGAACAUUCCUGGGAAAACAAAAGAUGGGGUCGCGUCUCGUUUAGAUAUGGCUUCAAUGGGUAUAAGAACUGGUCUGCAGCCUAUAACGGGGGGAAAAAAGCAGAAGUUACCAUUGGCAAGCUGGAAUCUGAUGCUAGAAGAAAAGAAAAUUGUUUGCAAUUCUUUUUUUGGUAUGAAGCUAGCUGAUCGCUUUUGUUCUAAUGUGAAGAGUUUAGUGUCCAUGGAUGAUCUGCGACUUGUUGGUAUGAAAUCACACGAUUGUCAUGCGCUGCUCCAUCACUUACUCCCUAUUGCAAUUCGUUCAGUAUUACAAAAGCCAGUUAGAUAUGCUAUCAUUAGAUUCUGUCUCUUCUUCAAAGCCAUCUGCAGUAAAGUCAUAGAUGUCGAAAAGCUGAAAAAAAUGCAAGCUGACCUUGUUGAAACAGUUUGUGAGCUUGAGAAAUUCUUCCCCCCUUCUUUCUUCGAUAUUAUGUUACAUCUUUCGGUGCAUCUUGUAAGAGAGGUUGAGCUCUGUGGCCCCGUUUUCUUUAGAUGGAUGUAUCCCUUUGAAAGGUACAUGAAGACUUUGAAGGGCUAUGUAAAGAACCGGAGACAUCCAGAAGGUUGCAUUGCUGAGUCGUACAUCGCUGAAGAAGCAGUGGAGUUUUUAGCAGAACGUAAUCUAGAUGAACCUACUAUUGGACUACCAGUAAGCGACAACUUUGAUAAUACAGAGACAUGUAGACCUUUAUCUGGUGCCACAGUGAUGAAUCCUGAUCGGAAGGAGUUGCAGCUAGCACAUUUAUGUGUCCUGCAGAAUACGGAUGAAGCAAGGCCUUAUUUUGAUGAACAUAUGGUAUUGUUGAAGCGUCUUUUUCCAAAUUUCGAAAAAAAUGAGAAGUGGUUAAAGGAGAAGCAGAAUAAAACCAUUGCUAAAUGGAUACAAGACAAGGUUGCAGCUGAACUUAUGGAUCACGAGAAUAAUGUUUCAGAACAUAUAAAGUGGAUUGCUGAUGGUCCUAAUCCCGAAGUACCUACAUUCAGUGGCUACAAGAUAGAUGGGGUUAACUUCAGCACCAAGGAUCGUGACGAUGUCCGUCAAGUUCAAUGCAGUGGUGUUUCCUUGUUCGCCAAUGCAAUGCUAGUCUCUAGUGCUAAGGAUAAGAAUCCCGUUAAUGAUGAUACAACUUUUUAUGGAGUCAUUAAAGAUAUAUGGGAGUUAGACUACCAUAGUUUUAGGGUACCUAUCUUCCAUUGUGAUUGGGUUGAUAUUGACAAGGGCAUUAGGAUAGAUGACCUGGGAUAUACAUUAGUCAAUUUGAAUAGGCUAGGUCAUUUCAAUGAUCCUUUCGUGUUAGGUACACAUGUGAAGCAGGUCUGCUACAUAGAUGACCCUCUUAACGCUAAUUGGUCAGUGGUUAUAAGAUGUCCGGAUAGGGAUUACCAUGGUGGUGAUGAUGAGGAGGUUGGAAUCAUUGAACUUGAGGAGGACAAUAGCGAUGCCACGAUGCCAACCAUCGAUACUACAAAUGUAGUUGGUGAACAAACUAGUAGUUACAUGCGGGAUGGUGACGAAGGAAUAUGGGUUGAUUAAUUGAUGAUUUAUGUGUAAAGUAAUUGUUUAGUACUAUUGUAGCCAUUUGGUAAUUGGCUUGUUCGAUAUUUAAAUUUGGAUUGUGACAUUUAAUCGCGUCUUGUUUAAAUAUAAACUGUAUUAAUUUUUCCUUAACUGUUUUUACUUUAAUCUGCCAUAUUUACUGUGCUUUUAUACUGUUUUCUAUACUUGUAAUCAGUUUUGCUUUGUUGUGCUUUAGAUGCUUUAAUAAUGGUUAACUAACCUAUGUGGU